AUGCUGCACGGCAUUCAUCGUCUUUUUAUUUUGAUUUACCUGCUAACCGUCGCGUGCAAAGUCACACAUCAACAGCCACUCGAGCAACCGGUGGUCACGCUGCUCGAAGCGGAAAAGGACCCCAUACCGGCCAUCUACAACACACCACCCCAACCACCGGUAAAGAUACUGCGCGAAACGAGCCCCAUCACGGAAAAGGAAAGCAUGAAAGUGGCCGACGAUUUGCAGCAGUCAGCAUCGUACACUUAUAGCUACUAUCGACCGGUGUACUACCCUGGCGUGUACUAUUCGUACUACCCGAGAUACCGUUGGUACAGUCCGUACUAUUACUACAACUGGUGGUAUUAUUGAUUGCGAUCAG